UCCUCUCUGCAACUAGACGGCUACUACGGGAGAAGGAAGUAAAUUUGUUGUCGGGUUGAUGUCAUCUCACUGUUUCUAAGAGCAUCUGUCCCCGUAGAUUAAAUUAUAUAACCGGGCACAUCAACAUUGUGUCGUGCAGGGUUGGACCGCCACUCGGCAAGCAUUCGUUCCUUUAUUGGAACGAGACAGCUUGGAAGGGCUUCGCUGGUGCUCGUUAACGGGGUUUUUUUUCCGGUGGGGACGAAACGGCGUGGGUUAAGGAGAGGGCCUUGCCCGGAUAUCUGUCUAACCCAAACCGUGCUUCUGUACCGUAGGCUACCUGGCGAAGCAGUCGUGUGGGCGACACAUACAGUACCUACCUGCAAUUGUCCAUUCGUUUAGACAGCGCAGUGGACUAGGUUACCCCACCUUAAGGAACACCCGGAUCGAUUAACUUAAAGACACCAAUAUGGCAGAUAACCUGAGUGAAGCGCUGAAGACUCUGAAGCUCUCGUCCACGAGCAGCUCGCCGGAUGUACUGGAGGGGUGUCUGGACUGCCUGCUCAAGGCCCUGGCCGACAACAAUAUGGAGGUGAGCGGGCGGCUCCAGGAGAUGGGGGUGCUCUCUCAGCUGCCCGCGCUGCUCAGCGCCCCGUCACCCUGCACCCCCAAAGUGGCCAACGUCAUCGCAGAGGUGGCCAAGAACGAGUUCAUGCGAGGUGUGUGUGUGGACGCGGGUCUCAUCCCUCCGCUGGUCCAGCUGCUCAGCUCCCAGGAGCAGGAGGUGCUACUGCAGACCGGACGAGCCCUGGGCAACAUCUGCUACGACAGCCAGGAGGGUCGGAGUGCGGUGGAGGCAGCGGGGGGCGCUGAGAGGGCCUAUGAGCUCAUAGUGAGACUGGCCCCCAGCACUGACCCCCCCACCGGGAAACUCCUGACUGUGUUGUGUGGCAUGCUGAUGAACUAUAGCAAUGAGAAUGACUCUCUUCAGGCUCAGCUGAUUAAUAUGGGGGUCAUCCCCACUCUGGUCAAGCUCCUGGGGCAACACACCGACAACACCCCCCUCACAGAGAUGUGCCUCAUCGCCUUUGGAAACCUAGCAGAGCUCGAGUCGAGUAAGGAGCAGUUUGCGUCCACACCUAUUGCACAGGAGCUGGUGCAGCUCUUCAGGAAGCAGAUGGAACACGAGAGGAAGGAGAUGAUCUUUGAGGUGCUCGCACCUCUGGCUGAGAACGAUGUGAUUAAGCUGCAGCUGGUGGAGGCGGGGCUGGUGGAGUGUCUGUUGGACGUCGUGGCACACACACUGGGCAGCCCAGUGAGGGAGGGACAGGUGUGUGUGUGUGUUCUAGAUGAGUCGAUGCAGAAGCUGUUUGAGGGCGGGAAGGGGAGUGUGUUCCAGAGGGUUCUCUCGUGGGUUCCAUCUGACAACCACCAGCUGCAGCUGGCAGGAGCGCUGGCCAUCGCCAACUUCGCCCGCAACGAUGGGAACUGUAUCCACAUGGUUGAGACUGGGAUCGUUCAGAAGCUUCUGGAUCUGUUGGAGCGUCACGUGGAGGAGGGCAACGUCACCGUGCAACACGCUGCUCUGAGCGCGCUCAGGAACCUCGCCAUUCCUGUGGUGAAUAAGUCUAAGAUGCUGGCAGCGGGUGUGGCCGAGGUCGUGCUGAAGUUCCUGCAGUCAGAGAUGCCACCAGUCCAGUUCAAACUGCUGGGCACCCUACGCAUGCUCAUUGACACGCAAGUGGAUGCAGCGGAUCAGCUGGGUACCAACUGUAAGCUUGUGGAGAGGCUGGUGGAGUGGUGUGAAGCUAAAGACCACGCAGGAGUGAUGGGGGAGUCCAACCGCUUGCUAUCCGCCCUCAUCCGACACAGCAAGUCAAAGGACGUCGUCAGAACAGUUAUUCAGAGUGGCGGUGUCAAGCACCUGGUGACCAUGGCAACGAGUGAGCACAUGAUCAUGCAGAACGAGGCUCUGGUUGCCCUGGGGGUCAUCGGCGCCCUCGACCUGGGAGCCUCCUCUGAUGCCAACUUGGUGCAAAUUUUGCAUAAGCUGCUGACUGACGAGAGGAGUGCUCCAGAAAUCAAGUACAACUCCAUGAUCCUGAUCUGCUCUCUCAUGGGCUCAGAGCCCCUCCACAGAGAGGUCCAGUCGCUGGCCUUCAUAGACGUGGUGUCCAAGCUGCGCUCGCACGAGAACAAGACCGUGUCCCACCAGGCCUCUCUGACUGAGCAGAGACUGACCGCACAGAGCUAGAGGACUCUUAUAUACACACACACACACACACACAUAUACCGCCCAUGACACACACACCACACACACACACACACUCCCCCUCUCACUGCCUGCCC